UACGGCCUAAAGUAAACGAAUGCUUCGAGUCAAAGUAUCAAUGUCUAUUUUUUAGUAACAGAAUAAAACUCAUCAUUAAAUUGAUUAAACAAAAAUUGCAUAAUAGCCUUUAUAGUAACAAAUAAUACAUUAAUUUUAAAAAAUUACGCAUUAAAAGUGGAAACUACCAUCCAACACAACUAAGAAAAAUGAAUCAGGCAAAGAUUGAAAAAUUAGUUUCUAGAUUAAGGUACAAUGUCGGAUCAAAACCACGCAAAUUAAAAAAUGUAGAUGGUCCAGAAGGGAGAUUGCGAAAAAUUAAAAAAACAUUAACUGCUGUAAUUAAAUACGAGAGGAUCGAGCUAAAUUACGCAAGAGCAGAUGAAACAAGAGGUUAUGUUGAACGAUUAAUAUCAGAAGCUUUACGUCACGGUCCAGAACACGGAGAAACAAUGGAAUUAGCAAAUUUCUGGAUAAAAGAAAAACAACUUGUCCAUAAACUUUUCAAAGUACUUGUACCAAGAUAUCAAAAUUAUACAACUUCGUUUACAAAGCUUCAUAACGCACCAUGUAUAUAUCCCGGAUACGCAUACAAAAGAGCUAUCUUAGAAUUGAAAGGAAAUAUAUAUCCCACUGUAGAACAAUCUAAUCCACAUCAGCAUAAUUUACUUCACAAUAUAUUGCUCGAUGCAGCUAGGAAAGAAUACAGGAUGGAGAAGUAUAAAGAAAUAGCUGCUAACAUGAAUUUUUAGAAUGCAUAUAAAUGUUUUAUUAUCAAACAAUAUAAAAAAUAUAUAAUAUCGACAAAAAGUUAUAAAUAUA